UCGCCCCCGCUCGUUUCUUUGACUGGACGUUAGCCAGCAAGAUGGUGUCUCAGGGCGUUCAGAUGAUCGGAGUCUCCAUGGCGGCGGUGGGCUGGUUGAUGGUCAUUGUGGUCUGCGCGUUGCCCAUGUGGAAGGUGACGGCCUUCGUGGGAGCCAACAUCAUUACAGCGCAGACUGUCUGGCAGGGCCUGUGGAUGAACUGCGUGGUGCAGAGCACGGGACAGAUGCAAUGCAAGGUCUACGACUCCAUGCUGGCGCUGGCACAGGACCUGCAAGCCGCCCGGGCCAUGAUCAUCAUUUCCAUCCUCACCGGGAUUUUCGGCGUGAUGCUGUCCAUCGUGGGUGGCAAGUGCACCAACUGCAUGGAGGAGGAGGCCUCCAAGGCCAGGGCGUCCAUCCUGGCUGGCAUCCUGUUCCUCGUAUCCGGGCUCCUGUGCCUCAUUCCCGUGUCAUGGUCGGCCCACGCCAUCGUCACCAACUUCUACAACCCUUUGGUCUUUGAGGCCCAGCUACGCAGCCUCUUGGCCAUGGGGAAGAUCGGCAAGGAGACGGCGGGUCAGAUCAUCAGCUUCAUCGGUCUGGUGGGAGUAGCAGUGACCACCGGCAUCCCCAUGUGGAGGGUCACCUCCUUCAUCGGUGCCAACAUCGUGACGGGCCAGAUCGUGUGGGACGGGUUGUGGAUGAACUGCGUGAUGCAGAGCACUGGCCAAAUGCAGUGCAAGCUCAACGAGUCGGUGAUGAGGCUGACCCCUGACCUGCAGGCGGCCCGGGCACUGGUCAUCAUCUCCCUUGUCUUUGGCUUCAUCGGCUUCAUGAUCACCUUCAUCGGCGCCAAAUGCACCAGUUGCCUGACGAAGGAGGCCUCCAUGGCCAAGGUGGUGAUCAUUGGCGGCUGCCUGAUCAUCUUGGCCGCCGUGCUUGUCGUCAUCCCGGUCACGUGGUCGGCUACCAUCACCAUCACCGACUUCCAGAACCCCUUGACCAUCAACGAGCAGCGGAGGGAGAUCGGGGCAUCCAUCUAUAUCGGCUGGGGGUCCACCGUCAUCCUCCUCGUGGGCGGGAUCAUCCUCACCACCUCGUGUCCACCGCAGAGGCCCACGUAUGGAUACCCGCGUUACCAGGCCCCGUACGGGUCAGCGUACGGCAACGGGUCCACGUACGCCCCUGUUUACGCGCCACCCACCAGUCAGCCCUACACGCCGAGUGGCUCAUAUUACCCCGCCAAGCCGUACGCAGCGCCCACCGGAUACUCGCCGCGGGAGUACAUUUAAACCCCAAAACAGACUGCAGACCGGAGCAGUUUCGUCCUGCUGAUGCUAUCAACACAGUGUCGCGGUACACACUCAAGAUGUGUGUGUGUUCUACUGGAAAAUGACUGGAAUGUGGCAUUAUUGUGAAAAUGAGUUCAAAGGAAUGGAUAUUUGUUGAUCGAUUGGGAAAUGUUGAUAAUACAGUGGAUCCCAGCAUAUUUGUGGAUUCACCUAUUCGCAGAUUGUUGGCAGGAAACAAUUGUCGUUAUUCACGGAAACCCUCACUCAUUCGUGGUAUCUUUUGCCUCAUCUCCCACUUACUUGCUUUUUUGAAACAAUCCCUCACUUAUUUGCAGUUUUUUUCUCAUUGAAAAAUAAUAAUAAUCAUAAUAAUAGACUUGUAACUCAAAUAACGUUAGGGCACUUAAAUCCAGGUACCACUGAAAUUACAUGAAAUCAGAUUGUUUUCGUUGAGAUUAUGCUAAAAUUGAUCAUAGAUUCGACUUUUGACUGAUUUUUACAAAUAUUUUUUACUAAUAGUUUUUGGUAUUUUUUCAGGGGUCAUGAUCCAGUCCUCGAUUUUAAUGGAAAAUGCUAAUUGACGGUUCAUAGGUGUUCACAAAUUUGUAGGGGGAUAUUAUACGGCGAAACAGCAGGCCAGGUGAAAAAAGAAUUAAAAGGCAAUUCAGCCAGGAUUCAGGAAGGAGAUUUUCCAGUUUUAGAUGGAAAGAAAUGUGCACCUUUCUUCCAUCCAAAAUCCACAAAAAAACAAAUUUUAACGUAUGCCUUUUCUCAUCAUCACAGGGGAGGAAAGUUUUUUUUUAAUACAUUUACAAUGGCCGACAAUGAUACACAAUUCUUUGGUAUUCACAGGCCAGCCACUGUCUUUAUUCCCCACUAAAAGUAGGGGACCACUGCAUUUUUUUUUCCAUUUUUUUCAAAUGCAACAUUUUCAACUUUGAAAUUUCCUGGAUUUUUUGAACUGAAAUUGUGAGUCCAUUCACAGCUAAGGACAGUUGGAUUUAGUCUUGAAUGACGCUAAUGUAUGUUUUCAUUUUGUGGCAUCAUCUAAAUGCUCGUUUGCACGGGAGUUGACCAUUGUGUUGCGUGUUAUUUUCUCAAUUUUUGUACAUUUUUUGUACUAGUAAUUUUUUGAUUUUUUUGUAAAUAUUACAACUCUGAAUGUGUAAUAAAAUAUUUGAAGGAACACCA